GCCUCCCUCUGCCCAGGCGCGCGGCCCUGACUGUCGAGCGGCGGCCGCGACUGUAGCUCCUCCCCCCGAGGAGGUGGAGGGGGGCGGGGCGGUCUUGUCCGGCGGGUUCCCUUGUUGGCGGCGACACCGCCCCUUCGCCCUCCCCCCUCCCUCCCCUUAGUAACUUGGCUGCCUUUUAUCGGGCGAGCCUCGCGGGGGAGAGUUUAUUGGUGCCGGAGCCGCAGCGCGAGGAGUGCGGAGUACGAACGGGGGGGCGAGCGGAGCGCGAGGGGGUCCCCCCGCCGGCUGGUCCGGCCGGCCGGCCAGCCAGCGGGUCGGCCGGUGGCGACGGCAGCGGCGGAGACGACGACGGACGAUGCUCCGGCUGGUGUCGCUGAAGUUGGGGCGGCUUUACCGCUACGUGAAGCUGGCGGCGCUGGGCAUCCUGGCGGCGGCGCUGGCCCUCAACUCGCCUUCGCUGCUGGCCUCGCUGCAGCGCAACGAGCUGACCGAGCGGCGCUUCUUGCAGCUGAAUAAGUGCCCGGCCUGCUGGGGCACCAGCUGGUGCCGCAAGUUCCUCAACGGGCAGCUUCGGCUGGAGAGCUGGGGCCGCCUGCGCCUCCUCGACUUCCUCAACGUCAAGAACGUCUACUUCGCGCGCUACGGGGAGCCCCGCGAGGGCAGCCGCCGCGUCGUCCUCAAGCGCCUGGGCUCCGGGCGGGAGCUCGCCGACCUCGACGCCAAGAUCUGCCGGCGCGCCACCGGGAGGGGGCGCUGCGACCUGCUCCAGGCCCUGCACGCCACCGAGUUCGCCAGCAUCAACGGCGACGUCCGGCUCCUCACCCCCGACGUCGUGGAAGGCUGGUCGGACCUGGUGCACUGCCCCUCGCAGCGCCUCCUGGACCGCCUGGUCCGCCGCUACGCCGAGACCAAGGACUCCGGCAGCUUCCUGCUCCGCAACCUCAAGGACUCGGAGCGCAUGCAGCUCCUCAUCACGCUGGCUUUCAACCCGGAGCCCCUCGUGCUUCAGAGUUUUCCCUCGGAUGAGGGCUGGCCGUUUGCAAAGUACCUGGGAGCAUGUGGAAGAAUGGUGGCUGUGAACUAUGUGGGAGAAGAACUCUGGAGUUACUUCAGUGCUCCAUGGGAAAAACGAGUGGACCUGGCAUGGCAGUUAAUGGAAAUAGCAGAGCAGCUGACAAACAAUGACUUUGAAUUUGCACUCUACCUCCUUGAUGUCAGCUUUGACAACUUUGCAGUAGGUCCAAGAGAUGGGAAGGUCAUCAUUGUGGAUGCUGAAAAUGUUUUGGUGACAGAUAAAAGGCUAAUCAAACAAAAUAAACCUGAAAACUGGGAUGUAUGGUAUGAAAGCAAGUUUGAUGACUGUGAUAAGGAAGCUUGUCUCUCAUUCUCAAAAGAGAUUUUGUGCACUCGUGUCACUGUGGACCACAACUACUAUGCUAUAUGCCAGAAUCUUUUAUCAAGACAUGCCACCUGGCGUGGCACUUCUGGAGGACUUCUUCAUGAUCCUCCAACUGAAAUUGCCAAAGAUGGUCGACUUGAGGCCUUGCUGGAUGAGUGUGCCAAUCCAAAGAAGCGAUAUGGUAGAUUCCAAGCUGCAAAAGAACUACGUGACUAUCUUGGACGAUUAAGUAAUAAUGUGAGGUAGUUUUAUAGUGAGUGGGUGGUUGGAAAUUUUAUGAUGCUAGUGAAUACUCUGGGCAGAAAGACAGAGGCAAAUUAAUUCUGAACCUCAAACAAGAAACAGCCACCAGAACUAGAGAAAACAAAUUCCAUAAAUCUUUAUGGUACUUAGAGGGAUGCUCUGUAUAAACACACAAGGUUACAUAUCCCACUAUACUUUUGGGUCAGAUGAGAAGACUGACAAGCUAAUUGACUUGCUUGUCAAAUGGGACUUCACAUAAACCUGCAUUAGUACCAUAAUUUGAUGAAGUUAAUGCCCUUACUUGGAUAGUCAAGUUAUAUUGGCCUGUUUUAAAGGCUUUUAUUUUUUGAUGUCACUGUCUGAUUGUGUUUGUGGAUUCUCUCUUCUUCUUCUUUUUUACAUUCAUACAACUUAGGUAUUUAUAUACAUGCUGAUAAUCCUUAGGUGUGUCUCACUGUUCCUGAAACUGGUGGGUUUUCAUUUGAUGCUCUGCAGUACUUGAGUACAGGAUUCAUACACGUACUCUGAUGUUGAGUUCCUUUCACUGUUUCUAUGCCUUAUUAAGGAUGUGCUUAUAAAAAGCAGUCAAAAUAGUGUGAGCAUAAACCUAGUCAUAUUUGAAUUGUUUAAUUCUACUGCAGGUAGGUAGUGCUUCACAAACUGGUUAAAUGUAAAAUUGCAUCUUAAUUCCAAUAGGAAAUAUUUCUGUCAACAAGGAAUCACUGUAUAAGAAACUCUCUUAACAAAGAUGAUUGGAGGUUUGGGAAGAAGCAGUACAACUACUCAGAAUGAAAAUACAAACAUCUUGUUUAGUGAAUCAUAAGCCAAAGAAAAUGGUUGUUUCAGUCUCUAGUCGUUUAAACAAAAUUAUGUACUGUAGUGACAUGAACCCACUGACGACUCAGGUUUCAGUGGGUUUUUAGCUAUUUUGGGGAGAAAUUUUCUACUAGUUAAAAUCUUAGGAAACUCCACAUGCAAAAGACAAAAUGUCUAGCAUUUGUUAUGCAUUAUUCACAGUUCUGCUGAAUGUGCAAUGUAAUGAUUUUUUUUACUGAAUUUUCAGCCAUGAGGUUGACUACUUAAUGUGACUGCUCUUCAUGAUUACUGUAGAGGUCUUGCAUUGCAUUCUGUCUUUUCAGUUGCAAUUCAGUCUUUGUAAUGGUGAGCAUACCUGAAAUUGCUACCAUAAAUUGGAAGUUGCAAGAGAAACUGAAUCACUGCUACACUUCCUUUUUUUUUGGAAGGUUGAUUUCCUGUUCCUUUUCACAUGAUAGCAGCUGCUGAGUUGAUUUUUGUCAUUGUAAUGAAAUUCUGAUCUUGAGCAAAGUCUGUUGGUUACAGGGGCAGCUACAAAUAAACUGUGAUUAGCCAAAAUUACUCAAGUUGGAGUAAGAUGGGCUUGCACAUUCUGAAGAUUAUUGCUAUGGUACUGAAAUAUAUCCAGAUAGGUGAAACAAAACAGUAGAAGAGGGAUGAAAAUACCCAGAGUUUUCAAAACAGUGAAAUUGUGUUUUUGUUAUUUUAAAAAAAUUGCAAAGCCCUUUCAUCCACUUCUAUUUGGGCUGUGUAGUAGUAACAUCUGGCUGUUUAUCUGCAGAUAGUGGCUGACAUGCAGACUAACAUUGUGCUAGCAUUAGGAGGAAAGGCUGACUUUUGCUGAUCCUCCCUCUCCUCUGAAGCGAAGCCCACCAUGCCCUCACGCAAAUGUCUCUUAGGAACUGAAGCCUGAGGCCUUCAGAGAGAAGGGGAGAUGGGCAAAGCUUACUCUUUCCCUGUAAUGGCAUCACAGCAUUAGUCUGGCUAGCAGCCAAUGACUCUACAGUAUAGCUUUGUGUCGUUUCCUUGUUGGAUUGGGCUUUGCCUACUGCAAGAAGAAUGCUUGCUGUGGCAACUUUUCACCUUCAACUUCUAUGGGCACAAUCCGGAGCACAUCAGACAUGCUUAGAAGCUACUGAAAUGAUCUAGAGUAAGUGUCUAGAUCCCAGUUAUUUCAGGAAGAGUAGCCUUGCCGAACUUUCUUUGGAUUUCUCUGGACAUUGUCAUAGGAUUUGUUUUACUUCAGUUUGUUGGCUUUGAUUUGGCUCAAGUCUUGAGCAAAACACGUGAGACUGAACACUAGCCUGCCACAAAAGGCCUUGAUUUACCACAAUUUUAAGUUAAUAUUCACAUUUCCUGAUGAAUGAGAUGUAUGAUUGCUGUAGGCUUUAAACAACACAAAACACUGCCAAGCUGUUGAGGCAGUUCAGCUGCCAAAUGUUCCUUGUGAGGUUGGGGUCCAUUGUUCCCCCUUGAAAAUGUGCUGAUACACAGGAUUCUAUUUACAAAAGGAGUCCACAAUAUUCAGUCUACAGGGAAAACACCUAUGUGGAAAGCAAUAAGUUUUCUUCAAUUUGCACCUAUCAAGUAUUUAUUGUACAAGGACAGUUUAUAUUUUUAGUCAUUGCCCAUGGAUAAUGGUGAAAUAUUUUUGAAUGAGAUGUUUGGGGUUUGUAUGUGCAUAAAACUUGUCUUUUGUACUGUAAGUUACUGUUUAAUUUGAUUAUCAAAACUGUCUCCUGUGCCUUUAUACUAAGGUUGUUUUUACAACUUCUCUUGACUCUUAAUAAUAAAAAAUUACUUAAAGAAA